UGGUUCAUAUCCAAUCAGUCAUCAGAAAAAGGACUGGGAAUGGGACACAGACUCACCAGUUGGGAUGUCAGUUGAAGAGGGAGAUGUUCAGUGCUUCUCUGAAUACAUGGAGCUUUGGAUUCACAAAGCAAGAAUAGACGGACUCAAGCUUUGGCUCUCAGGCUUGAUGAGAAUUCAAGUCAGUCUAGUUUCCUUGGAGCAACUUAACCGGCAGCUGUCAGCGUGUGGAUUUGCACUUCACAAAGACCCAGACAAGCACUUCAUCUUCAGAGUUAUGUACACUGGCUGCUUUGUACAACUUCGGUAUGGCAGCUAUGCACUGGAGCUGAAUUUGCAGAGGAGAAUACACCGCUUUGGUGGGAGGUCACACAGCCACGUCAUCAAGUGCCCAGCAGUGACAUCACCACCGAACAGAGAACAUAUCCGAUGUGACCCAGACUUCAUACAGGUAACUAGAGACGUUCCUUUGGACAGUUGGAACAAAGAGCUCCAGUGGUCUCUUGCCCUGAGAGGAAGUCUUGUGGUCGCUCUGGAGGAUGCAAGUCUUAUCCAAGCCAAUGUGGAGCGCAGUGGUUCAAACAUCUCCAUCCAGGGCAGAAGAAGCGAAAUCCUCAGACCUGUGUUGGUUAUAGAGACCAAAGGUGAAUUCCUGCCCCUCAAGCUCGUCAGUGGACAUUACGCCUACAGCAUGGAGGCCACUUGUCCAGACGUGUCCAGAUCUGUUCCUGAGAAGACCGUGCUCAACAUCUUCAAGCGUCGCAUGGGUCUAACGAAGAGAGGAGGAUAUGAGAAUGACACCCUGUCUGUUAGCAGUGUAGUGGUGAAUCAGACUGACAAGUUCAGCUGGUCUGAGAACAGUGACUUUGUCCAGUUGGUCAUCCACACCUCAGCCAUACAGCACCACAAGAUCUGCACAGGGGAAGGAGAAGGGGAAGGAGGAGUGGGGCCUCUGCAGCCUUUCUUCAGGGUGGACGCAGUGCUUUCCUUCAAAGAGACAAACCACAAGAUGCACUGGACCAUGGAAAAUACACUGCCAUGCAUGAGGCCUUCUGGUCCCUUUUUGGUGGCUCAAAAAAAUCCCUCCUCACCUGAAUAUCCCCUGACGGUCUCCCCAACACCCAACUCCCCAGCACCAGGGCUGCAUUCAAAUAUCCCAAAUCCAAGUGAAUUAUCGACCAGCACGCUACCUAAAGAUGGACGCUUGGUGUCAGCAGCCGCGUCAACUCAGAAAAUGACCAUGGCUACUAAAGCAGUCAGCUCUACCAAGCACCACAGCCCAGAACCAGCUACAGACUACACAGCUAAACCUACAGAACGAUCAUAUAUGAAAAGCAGUACAAGAAUGAACACCAGACAAAUUCUCACAGGUAAACAGCAAACAAUGACUGAUAUCACUAAGCAUUCUGGACCAUCUUCUACCCCCUUUUUGGUCAAAACCACUUCCAAUACAUAUACAGUGGCGCACACAUCUUCAGGGGUUGGUCAAACCCUGGAGGGAUCAUGGAUAGGUAAGGAGGAUGUCCCUCAGCCUCCAUCCCCAACUCUCAUCCAUCAGACUUUUCAGGAGUUGUCAGGUUCACCUUUGAGCGAGGAAGAAGCGAAACUCCUGGAGACAGAUGAAAUGAUCCCAGCAGCGGCGUCUGUAAAAAGUGAAAAUGCUGUCACCAUAAGUAGAACACCAAGUCUGAAAUCUGAGAAUGCGUCGAGAACUACUGGGUCAGGACAAGUGGACCAGAAGAGACAAAACACUUCAAGCAUUUUGCUGCCAUAUUUGAACCAUAUCAAGCAAAGUACAGCCACAUACACAAGAGCACCACAGAAAAGUGUUUCCAGCACGGACUUUCCAGACAAAGAGCCCAUCAGCACGAGUAUGGAUGUGUCACAGCCAGCGACCAUCAUCACAGCACAAACACUGCAUCACAAACUGGAGCCGUCGGGUCUUCCCACAGACAUAACAUUGUCAAUCACUAAUUUGCCACACACCUCACCACCACCACCUACUCAGGUCUUGACAGGUAGUACCCAGGUGGUUGAUCCCUAUUCUGUGCAUAGGACAGAGGAGGGAGAGUCUUCUGGGAUAGGGCCGUUGACUCCAUCCUCUGAUUGUUUGGAGACUGAACAAGGCAUCGGGAUAUCCAGCAAUGCCUCCCUCCUCCCCCACGGCCCUGGUUCUCUGAGGAGCACCACUAACCAGCUAGUCCCAGAUGUCGUGUCUCAUGCAUCAGACCAGUCAACCACCGUCACACCCCCCUCUAGCUCUCUGAUGGAGAAACUGCAGUCUAUCGUCUCUGCUUCUGUGCCCCCUCAAAAGGUUGCAUCUACUUCACAUUAUGCUGUUACCAGAACAUCCAAUGGAGGGCUCACAGAUAAUAAUGAAGGUCUGCACAGUAGUACGCUUGCGAGAGUGCCCAUGUCUUACAAGACAGAGGCAGAGUAUAGUGGAACGGUGGAGGAAGACAGAAGUACGAUGCCCUCAGUUACCCUGAUUCCGUACCCUGAGAGUAGGAUGCGAAGGUCUGAGAUGAUCUUAAAGGGCCUUCUCUAUGGGACCACGGGACAUUUUGUAAAGAACAGUGGCGUAUUGUCCACUCGACAGUGGACAUCUACAGUGAAACAUCAGAGAUUUCGCCAUGUGUACACAAAGAGAGAUCUUUGUAUUAAUAGUCUUGUUGUUAGAGGACCAAAGCCCAUAUAAAAGCACAAUAACACACAGACCUUUGCAACCAGUCUCUGGCGGUGAACAGGUUGCCUCCUCAAAGGCUGUUGUGUCUCAAUCAUAUUAUCAGUUUUGGGGUAUGUGUUUAAAGACAAGAUAGCCAAGAUGGCCAGUGUCUAGGUUGGGGGAAAAUGGGGAAAUAAAAAAUGGAAACAGCA